AUGUCUUCAAACUUCAGGAACUCUAUAAAAGCUAUUGUCAGUAGAAGAACAGCAUAUAUACAGAUCACUCCUGAUACCAAAUUUAUUGAAGGUCUCAUCGUCCGAAUAACAGCUGAAGAACUUCAUAUUCAGGACGUUGGCUUUCUAGAUGCAGUUUAUGCUCCAUCGGCCUCGCCUAGAAACAAGUCUCGCUACGACGUCCACAACAAGCGAUGUGCAGCAUUGAGCCCCUUUUUCAGCAAACGCAAUGUUCUAAUAUUACACCUUGAACCAUUGAUCAACAAGAAGGUGGAACAAUUAUGUGAGAUGAUUGAUAAAUAA